UACUCGCUGUUUAUUGUUUUAAAAUACGAGUGUUGUUGUCUCGGGGUUAGGUUUGCAGUUGACGGUGGAGAUUUUUUAAGAAUCGAUAGCUACGAUGUGGCGUUCUAAUGUUAAUGAGAGUGCAGAGAACAUUUCAGAUUUUGACGACAGUGAUACAUAUUCUAGUUCCGGAGCUGAUGAGUUUUCUGAUGAUUCAAACCCACCAUGGCAUGAUGAAAUAGAUGAUGAUGGAGAAUUAUUUUUUGUUGAAGAUGAGACAUCAGUACAUCAAACAGUGCAGCAAAAUAGAGAUGCUCGAAACAAAAAAUUUGACAACACAUUGUCAAGCACAGACCUGCACGGUACAGCAUCAAACGCUCCAUCCCAUCGACAAACCCAUUCAAUUAGCGCGAAUGAACGAAAAACAAUAAGAGAUGAAUACUUAGCUCAUCGGAAUCAGCAACAGAAUAGACAUCGGCAACAUGAUUCUUUCAGACUUCAUUCAGAUGAAAGCGAUAAUGAAUUUAAAACUGUCUUUGUUUGUGUGAACUCGGCGUCAUCGUAUGGAUCAGGUGAUUCAUCUUUGUUGAAACAAAUGCUUGGAAUCAUUUCUCUCAACAGUCUUAACGGAGGACAACAUUUUGCGAAGACUAGCGAUGAUAAAUCUAUUAUAAUCAGUGCAUUGUUACCUGAUGGGCCUGCUUUCAGAAGUGAAGCCAUUGAAAUAGGUGAUAUUUUACUCGCCAUUAACGAUGUUGCUGUUUAUCGAUCUAAUAUAGAGCAAGUACUCAGAAGGAUACCCCAGAGAAUGGAGUUAAAAUUGACAAUACAAUGUGAAAAAAUAAAUCCUACAACACCUGAAUUUGGACUUGCAUUGGAUAGCAACAAUUUGUUAUCUGACAGUGAACCAAAAUGUGUUCCUGUAUCUGUUCAACAUCUAAAGCCUUCUGUUACAAAUGAUACAGAUUUGCAAAUAGGUCCUCACAAUGCUGUGUUUUAUCUAACGUUAAAUGUUGAUUCUGAUACUGCGAAAGGAGAGGAAGAUAUUUUGUAUUCUUUCCCUACGAUAGAUAACUCAAGUACCAGAAAAUUAAAGUCUAUUCGUGGAAUUUUUACUACGCUUGCUGAUGUAACAACAGACGCAUUUAGGAGUGAAAUUUUAAGCUCAACCAUGUUUGUAAAUGAUGAAUUGGUUCACUGUGCUUAUUGUCAUCAUAAUUUAGAAGUUUUAAUCAUUUGUGUUCCUGCGUCUAAAUGUUCUUUGAAUGACUUGCAUAAGACCAUGUCAAAGAUGGUUAGACUUUUCAAAAUCAUGUUCGGAACAUUGUCCAGCGGUUUUCAAGAAAAGAAUCACUCUCGACUUAAUCACCUGUUUUAUCUCCUAUUUACGACAAAUGCUUGGUUAUCAAAUUCUCAAGAUACAAUAUCAAGACAAUUCAUCGACGGGAUUCGUUCUCUAUCUCUGCAUGAUGAAACAAUAAUCGAAGUUGAUAAUGCAUUGACUGAGUUUGAAGCUGCUGAUUUUGACGAUGGUUAUCACAGUAGAGGUUUAGCACGAAGACAAUUUUCAAUUCUCGGGUCAUGUCUAUUUUACAAAGGAUAUUUAAUCUCUAAUCAUUUACCGAAUGAUCAUCUGAAUGACGUCAACAUUUAUUGUCAAAGUUAUUGUCUUCUAGGGAAGUUAUGUGUCGGUCAACUUCUGAUAUGGAGAGAGAUUCACCCAAUGCACUCCGGCAAAACUUCAAAUACUGGUGAUUAUAAAGAAAUCAGUGGGAAAUAUUUUUAUCUUAUUGUUGGAAUUCGAAAUAGUCUACUCUGUAUAUUACUCGAAUCUGGAGGAUGUACUCUGUCAUCAGAUGGCAAAUCAGGACCUCCACCAUUAUAUGUGAACCAUGCUCGAGCAGCGAUUCUACAUUUGGAAAAUAUCAAAAUUCCACAAAGAAUUGAUGAACAUUUGUUCUCAAAAUCUAUUCCUGAAAUAUCCAGUGCAGAUUCCAUGAAAAAGAAGUCUGGAAGUUCGUUAUUUGGAACUUCUGUUCAUAAUAAGCCUCCAACUGGAUCUGGUGUUACUUCAUCGAGCGUUGUUUCAACGAACCAAGGAUCAAUCAAAUUCCCGUUUUCAUCUCCUAAAAAGUCGACAGCUGAUGGUAGCAGUCCAUUAGGAAAGACUGCUCAAGGAAGCCCAAAGUUGUUCAACAGAUUGGGAAGCCAAAAGUCCACUGGAUCACAAGGUUCUAUUGAAAACACAGAAUCACCAGUAAAGGGUGUUAAAUCGCUGACAUCAGCAUUUUCCACUGGGAAUUUACGCGAUAAUUUACCUCUUAUUUCAAGUGGGGCAAAGAAACCGACAGAAAAACCAAUAAGACUGGUCGCAGGUGUCAACAACACAUUAUUUCAUUUUGUCAAUUUGGAUGUUGGUUCUGGUACAAUACUAUCAUCCAGCGAUCAAGCAUUAUCAAAUUUCAAUGGUCCUUUUCACAAAAUAGUCUUGGAAAACUUUGAAAAUGCAAUGUCAAUGUUGCACGAAAGAUUAUCUUCGAGAUAUCGAAAGAAUGCAAACCAAAACUCUUAUGAGGAAGGAACUUUGUUUCAUUGUCAAAUGCCUGAUAUAAAUCCAGAAGGAAGUAAAAAAUCUUUGUCAUUUGUACAAUACUGGGUUAUCGGGAGAUUGAUGACGAAACCUAAAUUACGAGAGUUUUAUGUUUGCUAUCAUGAUUCUAUCAAACAGAAUACGAAGGAAAUGGUAUUCCGACUAGGAUUCGGAAUUGCGGCUUGAAUCGAUGCUACUUGAACUUGGGGUCAAUCAAACGUUCUUAGCAGUCCUAUAAAAAAGGCUGGCAUAUGCCAAUUGUUUUAAAUUAGCAUAUUUUAUUCUACCUGAAAAAAAAAAUUGCUUAAUAUUCUUUAAGAUAAUGUUUCUUUACUAACUAGCUGAAUUUUUCCAUGCAUGGGAAUGGUUUGUAUAAUACCGGCCAAUGCAUAGUACAUUGUCGAAUUCAUAUAUUUUUUAUAUCUUUAUACCAAAUACAUUUUUACAAGUAUCGUA